AUGGAUAACGACAGUGGGGGAAAAAUUCCCGUUUCCUCUCAAAACCAAGAGAGUGACUCAAGCAUAAAAUACACGAUACCGGGUAUUUUACACUUUAUUCAACAUGAAUGGGCUAGAUUUGAGAUGGAUCGCGCUCACUGGGAUGUGGAAAAGGCAGAAUUGCAGGUAAUAUAUAUAAUUUACUGUCAUUUCAGAAGCCUUUGAAUGUUAAAUCUUCUUUACAACUGUAUAAAAUACCCUGGUACGCUAUACAAUCUACGUUUGUAGCGUUUUAAGUGGGAAUUGUUGUAAACUUAACCUCCUCCUUUUGAUCAUAAAUUACCCUUCGCCUAGCUUUUCGUUGUUGACCUGAUCUUUGGAGUGUUUUUGUCCAACGUAAAGUUACUUGCGAAGUAUCAUCUUGAUAGAAUGCUUGGAAAAAGGUCCUCCAGAACCUCACCUUUUUUGUGUGAAAGCAUUAAGCCUUGUUGUCCCUUUUCGUGUAAAUGUAUCGUCGUAAAGCCGAUGAAUUACAAUCGUGCGUAUCUUUCACUUAUGCAAGCUUGAUGUUCAAUUCAUGAUAUGCAGAAAUCUUGAGAUAUAUUGGUUCUUUAUAGUUCUCAAACGAUGACCCAUUUUGCGAGUUUCAAAAUAGUUUUUCUUUGUUCUGGUGUAAUGUUCUCAUUUAAGAUCGAAGAAGACGAAGUCAUGGUGUUUUUAUUUUGAGUCCAAUUCAAUUUCAAAUGCAUUGGUUUAAGAUUCAGGCUUAUAUGGCGUGCUCUUUCGCUAACUGAAUUUUCCUUAAAUCUUUUUUCUUUGGCUCACAGUAGCUUUAAACGACAAACUAAGAUUUCUACCUGAAAAAAGCAAAUGUCAAUCUAUUUAUAUAUGUCUAUAUUAAACAAAAUAUUCCUUGAUGAUGCACAGUAAUAUUUGGAGUUGGUUCAUAUUGUGGUGUAAAGUCAGCUGCGGUGUCAAAUAAAGCUGUACAGUGUAGUAAGGGAUAAUCUCAUUUCUUUUAAGCAAAACUCGAUUGCACUGUUAAACCCCUCUUAGCUUGUUGACAAGUUGAAUGUCAAGUCUAUUGUUUGACUUGUUCUCUCCUUUGAAAAAUAGCAUUGUCCUGAAACAGUUAUUUUAUAGUCUGAAAUAUUAUUGCCUGAGUAGUGUUGUUUACUAAUGAAAUUUAGUAAACAAGCUCCAUUGAAUAGAUUAUUAUGUGUUUAUGGUGAAUGAAAUCUAGCACAAUGCUUUAGCUGACUUUUAUUGUAUCCCUUGACUUCUUAGUAAAAGUUAUGAUAGAAUUAAUAAUUCAGCGUCCAGUGGUUUAUUAAUGAAAUCAUGAUCAGAGAUUUUAAAAUCACUGAGGGGCAAUUUGAGUUCCUUUUCUUUAUUUCCAAGUGAUCUUAAUAAUUUAAUGUACUUUUUUGAAAUCAUGAACAGUAAGUUAUAAUUGGGCUAACACUUAAUAUUGUAGGUAAAAACAAAAAUACCAUUGUAAUGAAAAAGGUGAUAUUAUCUAUAUUGAAUAUUAUGGACAUUGAGCUUGCAAAUUUAAAACUAGUGCAAUCGACUUAAAAAGUCCCAUCCACUUUUUUCCUGGGACAAGCGUUUUCUUUUCCUUCAUAAAGCCAUGUCAAGGAAUUUGUUGUUUCUGACAGAAGGAAUAAUUGACCUAUAAUAGGGGCUAUUACAUGUCUGCUGUUGUAUAGCCUGCGUAACAGGCGUCGAAAGGGGUAGGGGGUAGGGGAUAGGGAGGAAGGGAAAAAGGGGAGGGGGAUUGGGGAGAGGGGGAGGGGACGCCUGCUCUAAGAAGCCCCUUUUGUUCAUAUCUGCGGAUGCUGGCGUCCGCAAAUUCCUGAUUGGCUGAGCCGUAAUGAGUAACAUAUUGAAAUGCGCGUUUCACAAAUCAACAAACAGUCGAGAUGGCAGCGGUAGACGUGAAUGUCGUAGAGAGUGUUUUGAGAGAUGUGAAUUUAUCUAGUAUUAGAGAAACUGUUUUAAAACCAGAGCAAGAAUCAGCAGUAAGGGCUCUUUUAGCCGACAGAGAUGUUCUGGCGGUUUUGCGGACCGGAUACGGCAAGAGUUUAAUUUACCAAAUGUUUGUACGCGCGAAGAACUACGAGCUAAAUGGUAAUGCGGCGAUUCUCGUCAUUUCGCCACUGAAAAGUAUUAUCGAAGACCAGUUGCAGGAGAUGGAAUUGUUGGGCUUAUAGAGCUUAUUUAAGGGAUUAGGCGCCCAUCCAGCGAAAGAUUUAGCCAAUUUAUCGAACAAUGACAUUCGCCGAUGUAACUUAGCAAUAAAAGAGGGUGGUUUUACCUCAUGCCAAAAUGCUGCUUAUAUCCAAUAAAGUUGUUUUUAUCUGCUGGGUAGAUUAUGCUCUGGUCUGCAUUUAUACUGAGCAAAAGUUAUUUAAGCCGCAUGUUUCACACUGAGAGGUCAUGACAUACAUAUCGAUUGACUGUAGUUAUUGUUUUCUGGUCGACAGGAUUUGCCCUCUGAUGCAAGCGCAAUUUCUUUGACCUCUUUUGAAACGUAAAGCUUUUUUAUUACGGCUGAAUAAGGGUUCCAAUUUUCUCCAAAGUGCCUUCUGGAUCUGAAUAACUAAGCGAAUUUCUUUAGUCCGUGAGUGUAAUGUUUUUCUGCAUGGCGAGUGUAGCGACACUUGAUUGACAGUAAGCGUAAUCGGAUUACUAGAAAAUUGGUAGGCAUUAUGCAAAAACAUAGGCUCUUAGAGCAGGCGCUCCCUUCCCUUUUCCCUUUCUCCCUCCCCCCUCCCCCUGCCCUUUUUGCGCCUGCCACGCAGGCUACUGUUGUAAGUCUAUUGUGACGACAAGUUGCUUUGUGAAGUGUUAGGUCCUUAAAAUCAAAGAUUCUGUCAUAAGCAAAAAAACUUGCUCAGGUGAAGAGCAGUCUACAUCUGUAGCUUUUAUUCAUAAAGAUGGUUUUUUUACACACCCCCAAAGGUGUACAGCUGUGUCGUGCCCUUAGGAAAGAAAAUAUUUAAAGAGACCGUGUUCCCUCAAAAAAAGAUGUGCAGGUUUCAAACUUCACAAGUCCACUCCAGUCCUAUUGUACAGCAUGCCAUUUCUCCUGGUACAGCUGUAUGUCCACUUUAGUAGGUAAUAAUGGUAUGUGAUUCAUUCAUUAUAAUAAUAAUAAUAAAAAAAACUUGAAACAAAAUUAAUCUGAUACAUAUGCUCUUUUAGAUGAAAGUGGCAGACAAAUCUGUAGGGUGCAUGUACAUUAAUUUUUUAUCUGAUUACGGUGUACCCAUUGUUUUUGACAAUCUGAUUAUUGCCUGUGAUCAAUGAAAUCGUGACUGAUUCCUGGAACUAAUUAACAGACUUCAGUGAUGUACAUCUGUACAUGUAGAUAUUCCAUACCCUAAUAAUAGUAACCAUUAAUAAUGCUUCUCAUCUGGCACAUUGUGAGUCUAAAAUUAAUACCUUGGGAAGAAGCAUGUUGAUGACUCCAUAUUAUUAAUACAUUGCUGAGGAAAGCUGUUGAUGCUACAGUGUAUGUGAAUAUGACCAUGCCAUAGGGCUGUAGAGCUUGUGCUAAACAUGUGGAUGCCAUUAUCUUAUUUUCAGGCACGUAUAGCAUUUCUGCAAGGGGAGAGGAAAGGACAGGAAAAACUCAAACAUGACUUGAUUAGAAGAAUUAAGAUGCUGGAGUAUGCUCUCAAACAGGAAAGGUACUAUAAACUUCGCAGCUCUUCAAGCUGCAAACAUUUUGGCCACCAAGCUGAUUAGAGAUAAUUUUGGGCAACUAACAUUGCUGCAAAAGUCACCACUUUGGCCAUCUGUUUUCAGUGGUCAUCUGCCAAGCUUUAGUGUUUAUAAUGCUCUUUGGUGCUUUUAGUGCUUUUUAAGGUCUUUUUACAGCUCAAUUGGGAUUUAUAAAUCGGGGCUUGAAAGAAGUCUGGCCCGGUAGUCCGGGACAAGUGAAUUUUCUUAUUGGGCAAGUCAGGGCUGUGCUCUAGCAGAGCCCGGUGGCCCCUGGUCUGUAACUUUUGUCCUUGGGCGACUAGAAAAUCUCAGAUUCUUCAUACAAAUCAUAUGCUGGGCACCCUAUAUUUUACAGUUUCAGAGCACUGGGCUCCCUUCAAUUUUCCUUAGAGCACAGCCUUGGGGCAAGUAACUUUUAAAGCUUACUUGCCCCAUGACUUGUCAUCCUCCAACAAAAUCAUUAACUAAGACAAGCAGGAAGUGGCCCUGGGAAAGCAAUUGGUGAAAGCUUCUUUCCCAGUGGACAUUAAGCUGGAAUUCAAAUAUUUUGUGAGCCCUAAUAAAAGUUUGCAUGAAACAUCAUUAAGUGCUCCAUUUUCUUUAAAAUUUAUCUAUUUUCUCUUUGUUAUCCAGGUUUAAAGCCUUGAGAUAUCACAUUAACACUCAAAUUUCAUUGGAAUAUUUGGGCUGCUGUUUUCAUUAUUUCAAACCUUUCAUGUAAUGUUGCAUCAACUGUCGCUCCAUUUUAUUGGCCUCCAAUAUGUUACGUCUGGCCACCAUUUUAUUUUAGGUCACCAAAAGGCAGCUUUAAAGAAACUUGAGUUUGGGGCACAGCUUGUUUUGUUUUAGUUAGUUUGUUUGUUUUUUUUCACAGUCGUAAUUCCACAUGUUGUAAGAUCUAUAUAUCAAACCCUUUGACUAAGGCGCCUCUCUAUAAAGGACAGCUCAUUUGGUCCCAAAGAUACUGUUCUCAUACAAUUCCGUAAUAUUUCUUCUCCUGUAAUACACUGUACACACUCUGGGUGCCUUGUCUCUUUGGUAUUCAUAUUGGGCAGGGUUGUCACUAAGGUUUCAAGUUGCUGGGUAAAUACAACAAGUAGGCGGGGAAUCAAACGGCUAGGGAUUUCUUUUGGUUCUAUUUUUCUUCUAUUUUCCAAUAAAAGUAGCCGGGGAAAAUCCCUGGCCCCCAGCUCUUAAUGACAACCCUGUUGGGUAGGCUUUGCUGUUACAUCCAAUAGUAUUUUAAAAUCAAGCUGUGACUGCCGUGGUUGCCAUAAAAGAUAAAAACAUUAUUUGUACAAUGAUAUAAAGAAUGAGAGAAAAUUUUAACCUCAAUAAAGAAGUGAGAAAAGAUUUAAUCAACAUGUCACGAAUGUGGGACAGAAAAAAAAUCUGUGUCCCUGAUAUGAAUUUGAGCCUAUGACCGUCCACACACUGGUUGGAUGCUCUAACCACUGAGUUACAUUCAUCUAGGUUAGGCCAUACUCAGAAUUUUUCUGCACUCUUGACAUGUUGAUUACUUUCUUUUCUCAGAAGGUAUAUUGUUUGUAUUUUGUUCGUAAUCAUGUAAUUUUUACUUCCUUGUUACAGGGCAAAAUAUCAUAGAUUAAAGUAUGGUACAGAUUUGUCACCAGAAAAAGUAAACAAGGAAGAAGAAAUGGUAAACCAGGAGCCUUGCCAUGAUGCAAAUACCAAUAACAGUAAACAAGGAGUCAACUGGCGACAGGGGCGUCAACUUUUGCGGCAGUAAGUUUAGUCCUUGGUAUUUGCAUCCUGUAUUUCCUGGAAUACUGUAUGCACCCAUGCUCUAAUUAAUGAACAUCCUCCCCCGAAUAAGCGCCCAAAUAUUGAAUAAGUGCUUCCUUUAAAUAAGCGCCCCUCCCCUCCCCCGUCACUUUCUACAUGUAUAAUGGUAUUACAAGGAAAACCUGUUUCUAUGUAUUGCCACUUUAUUGAUAACUCUGUUUGUGAAAACUGUAAUGGGACUAAGGUAUGCUGAAUUACUAACAGGAGAACUUAAUAAGCUCCCCCCUUGAUUAAGGGCUCUCCUUCAAAUUAGCACCCAUCCUUUUAGCCAAACUUUUAAUUAAGCACCCUGGGCAUUUAUUCACGGAAAUGCAGUAUUUAGUAAAAUAGUUUUAAAGCUGGUGAAAAUCCUAGACAAAGGCAAAUGUGAUGCAGUUUGUACGAGGAGCUUUCAUUUAGUCCAGGGUUGGUAAUGGUUUUAACAACCUGUUAUUGUCUAUUGUGCACAGUGCCAAAAAAAUUCACAAUAACAUUACGAUUAAGUUCACAAUAACAUUUAAAUAACCAUGACCACAUGGCUGGUGCAUUUGGCUAUCACGCUAGUGAAUUUGGUUUAUAAUUUGCGUGUUGAGCAAGCAAAGAUUUUUGGGGAAUUCAAGUUACAGAAGAACUGUGAUCAAUCUUGUUUAUAAAAAGUUCACCAGACGUUUGUGGGAAAGAAACCUGUGACAAAGCCUUGAGAACAUCUGCGUGGGAGGGGAGGCUAGGGUUGAUAUGAUUAUUAGUGUUUGACGUUGCAUUGUUUUUCCAGGUAUCUUCAAGAGGUUGGGUACACAGACACUAUUUUAGAUGUGCGCUCAUCACGUGUAAGGUCUAUUCUAGGCCUCUCAGUGGCAGAUUCUACUCCCGACCAUCCUCAUACUAAUGGAAUUUCUGGUAAAGGUCGUGGAGACGAGUUUGCAGUUAUCGACGAGAAUGCUCGGUCUCCUAAGAGAAUAGAAUCGAGUAGAAAACUUUCAGAAGAAGAAGCUGAUGGUAUGAUUUCUAUACCCCCUGGAAAACGGUAAGAUGCUCCAUGUCAAAAAAAAAAUACCUGUGCAAUUUAGAACCCUCCUCUCUUAACCCAUUUAAAUCCCAAGAGUGAUCAACACUAGCUUUCUCCUAACAAUAUUUACACAUCAUCAAGAGAGAAGGAAAAAUUUCUUUGAUGGUUUAUCAAAUUGUGUUAACUAUUUCUGUAAGGAAAUGAAUGGAGAUCACUAUGGAAAAUUUCUAUUUGUGUGUUUGAAUAAAAAUCAUAAUUAUUCUGAGCUAUGCUGCUGCAGGAUGUCACAGGUUCAGAGCAUUGGGUCCCCUUAUUUUUCUUAGAGCUUAAUUUUGUAAUUAAGGAAACAAUCAGUCUUGAACUCAAAUAAUCUUGGUUUGUAACUAAUACCCCUUUUUGUAGCAGCAGGCAGGAUCAAUAAUAUUACUGUAACUGUUAUUUUUAUCCCCCUCCCCUUUAUUGGCCAACCUCAUACAUGUUUCUCAUUUUCACAUUAUUUCACAAAGCAUAAAUUUUUCCGCAAGUUAAUGUCCUCAGUGAAUGACUUGAAUCUUUUUCCAUCUUUGGUACUAUGGCCAGAAAGUUGAAGGAAAGCUCUGUGUAUGUGACAAAGUCCUUCUGUAACAGAAUUGUCAUCACCUAGUUUCAAGGACUGGUAUGAGUCUGUGUAUUGUGGGAUAAGCAACAGGAGACCCACUUGGUCAGCAAGAGGAAAGCAAGAUUUGUAAAAUUCUGAAGUUUGGUGUUGAUCGGGCCAGUAGUGAAAAAGAUACACUGUACAGCUAUUUAAAAACUUGAAAAUUUACUAAGAGAUGUAUGGAUUGCCAGACACACAGUCUGGAAGUCCAUGUAUUUCUUAAGAAAUUGUUAAAUUAGUUUUUGCUGAAUGGCUGUAUCUUGAACUUUUCAAAUAUAAUAUUCAAGAUUUUUCGAAUGAAUUUUCAAAUCCUUUGUCAUUUUAAUAAGCAAAAGGAAUCCUUGCACGCAUUUAGAAAUAAUGCUGAGGGGCAUUCAGCACACCUCAUCUAAUUUUCCAUUGAGCAUCUCUGCCCCUACUCCAUGGGAUUCAUCCCCUCACAACACUUAGGAUUCUAGCAACUGGAAAAAGUGAAAGUGGCUACAAUGAAGACCUUAUUUCUAGUCGCAUUCUCGAUUAAUCUGAAUCUCUGUUUUCCUGACUUUUUUAUCCAGGUCCAAAGAAUUGGGAUGAUCUCAUAUUCACAUUUUACUGUUCCAGAUUGCAUCUGAUUACAUUAGUAUGUGACACAGUGGUACAUGUAUUCUUUCAACAGGCCUCCAGUGCGACCAGGCAGUUCUAGAGAUGCUCCAUUAGAUGAUGAUUCUGAAACAGAAGCAUCAGUACUUGCAAACUUUGAUUUCCUCCAGAAUGAUGUAGAAGAUGAAGAAGAUAAUGAUGAUGAGUUAGACGAUGGAGGGAGUGCUGAUGAUGAAUCGGAGGAUAGAGAUGACAUGAGAGUGGGAAGAAGAUUUGCCAAGAGAGCGAAACCAGGUUAGUUACUGUGAAUUGCAGUGUAGUGCCCUUGAUUUUUUUGGAGUUGAGAGUUGGCACUUGAAAUGGGGCACUUUUUGCAUUUUUAACCUGUUUACUGUUGGAAAUUUGAAUAGCUUUUUUGGACAAAUUAAUCUGUUUUUGUUUAUAAAUGCGUCUACCUUAGAAAGCCUUUUAGUUAGGUCAUCCUAAAAUAAAUUAACACAUUCCUUUCCCUUAAACAAAAUUUCACUGAAAUUUAACCCAAUAACUGGAAAUCCUGCUAACUCAAACUGUUUUCGUUUCCCGUCAGAGUUUAAGUUACCAGGGUUCCACUGUAGUUCAAUGUCAAAAGUGAAUUGGGCUUUUUCCUGGCACUCCUGCAUUUACUGUAACAUAGUCAGGGCUGUCAAUAAGGUCAGGUAGCUGGCCAAAAUUGCUGGCUAGUUAGCCAUCCUUAGCCAGCUACUUUCAUCUCCUUCUACCAUAACUGCUAACGAAAAAUAAGCACCAUCGAAUAAAAUUGUAAAUCAUCCAUUUCCUAGUUUUGAAAGUCAUUGAAUGCAUAUUUAAACUGGUUUAGAUCUGUGAAAUGUUAGAACCAUGCGAUGUCAUGGAAUGCCUGGGACAUUUUGAUGGCAUUUUUCUCAGUCUUACAUGUACAUCUAUACUGACGAAACAACAUGGCGUCUGCAGUGGAAAAUACCUCUUAAAAAAACCCCUGGAAAGGCCAUAUUUCAAAAUGUCCCUAGAUGCCUCAGCUCUCAAGAGCUUGUGCUUUUGGUGCGAGUUCCAAAGCCGCCUACUCUUCAUUAUCAGCCUGCUACUUAAAAACUUUUUGGCAGCCCUGAUUGUAAGAAGUGAUUAAUUUUUUAGCAAUAUUUAUUUUAUUCUUUUUUAUGUUUUUUUUUUUUUUAAUUAAGAUGUGAGCAAAGAUGCUGUUGAAGAAAUGUUAACUCCUGAUGAGGAAACAGCAGAUGCGCUUGCAGAAUUUGAUUUUGUGAUGGGUGAAGACUCAGGCUCAGAAACAGACGUAACAGUGAUUGAAAUGGAAGACAAUAAUGAUGUAGAUAUUCACAUGCCAGAGGAACCUACAACACAAGGUUUUUAUAAUAAUUUCUAUCAGAACCUUAAUUAUAGCCUGCAUCACAGAUUUACAUUCUAAUCUAACUCUGGCUAGUUAGGUCUGCUAAGCAGCACAGAGCUCCUUGUUUUGAACUGCCAACAGACUCAAUGACUUACUGGAAGUACAUUUUGAAUUUCCCUUCAUGCUGAUUGGUAAAUUGACAAUGGAUUUUUAAACAGGCUAAUCAUUGUGCGUGCUCAAAUCCUUGUACACAGGUGGGGCUCAGAACAAGGAUUUCAGCACAGACUUAACCAGAGGUUUACUUUCAUCUGUGGCCAGGCUACUUUAUUAAAAAGUGCAUGUUUGUCUUCAUUCCUUGUCAAUACCAACUGGAUCAUUUAGUCCUCUCAUUAAUGGAUUGCUUUUACAAGUUUCUUCUGUUAAUACUGUGAAUUAUGGACAUUACUCUUUUUUAUAUUAUGCACUGAAAAUCUGGAACAGUUUACCUGAUCAUAUUAAAUACUCUGAAUCUGUUUCCACUUCAAAGCAACGUUUGAAGACUUUUUUUUUUAGAAGUAAUUACUGUACUUAAUUCAUUUAGAUUAAAUGUGCCAUAUAAACCUAUUGUUAUUAUUAUUAUUAUUAUCAUCAUCAUUACAGGAGAUGACUUGCAAUGUUGAUUUUUAGCGCAACAUAGCGUUGCACGAUUGUUGCGACAUAGUUUCGAAUGUUUACAGCAUUGUUCCAACAUUGCAUUGCUGUGUUGUGCUAAAAAUCGUUUUUGAGAAUCGUCCUGUAGGUUAUCAGCAUCAAAUUCCUUCUUGGAAUAAGGGUUAUUUACAGCUGUAUUUACUUCUUUAUGUUGCUUUUGGGCAGCCUGCAAAGGAACUUGUUAUUUAAUUAUCAAAUUUUUGGAAACAAUCUACCACUUAGAGUUUGUAUGCAAGACACAUGUUGCAGUUUACAUGAAGCUUUAUGAUUAUUUCUCUUCUGUCUAGAACUUAAAAAAAAAAUGAUUAUUUUUAUGCCAAUAAAUACAGCUGUUACAUAUACUGUAAUGUUUUAGUAGUAUGCUUUUCUUGUAUUUUGUUUUUUAAUUGUUUUUUCUCUCUUCAGAAAGCAGAGAUGAAACAGAUACCCAGGUUUGUGCUUUUUACAGUUCAUGGCUAUUCAUGAGAUUUUGUAGAUGGUAAAUGUGCAAUCUACAUAUGUAACUUUGAAUUUAAAGAAUAAUCAUGGUAGGAUUGUGGUUGAUUAGUUUGUGUGAUUUGAUGUUCUAGAAUGAGUGGGGAGUUGAUUCAACGUACUUGGCAAAGUUAAAGGAACAGUACAAGAAAGAGAAGAAAAACAAAAAGAGCCCAAAAAGUAAGCAAGUUCCAGCAGUCAAUUGGCAGCAAAGUUAAAAGGGGUAACGUUGCAGGACUAAAAAAGCUGAUUAAUGUAAAAUGAUAUCUUUGCACUUUCCUUUGAGCAAAAGACACAAGUACCAACUCAAGGCUUGAAUUGUCAAAAUACAGUGUUUUUUGUGAGAUUGCCCAUGAAAGCCUUAACCUCAUUUCAUUUUGUGGCUUACUGACAGAGUAGAAUUGCUAGAAAGGUCUCUUGCAGUGAGUUUAAUAUUAAUUUUCAUGUAUUAUUAUAAUCCUAUACACCCUGUAAGGCUUCCUAACAUAUGAAUCAAAUGGAUGAUGCAGGCCUCAGAAAAAACCUGGAUUACAGCAUGUCCUUUUUGGGAAAGCAUUUCUGACAUUUUACUUGCCUGUGGCCACUUCUUGCUCAUCUUUGUUAAUGAUUUUGUCAGAGGAUGACUUUCCUGGGCCCUUGCCCAUUGGGCAAGUGAGCAAGAAAUGUUUCCUACCCAGCAAGAAAAUGUACUUGUCCCCAACUACCCAAUGGGACUUUUUUCAAGCCCUUAUAAUGUGUAAUUUUUUUCUUUAAUCAUAGGACCAACCAAGUCAGUGCUUCAGGCCAUGCUGGCAAAUCUAGAAGGAGAAGAUGAAAUGCCACACUCUGCUCCUGCCCCUCCCAUCAUAAACAUUCCACCCCCAGUCAGACUAAGUGGCUCUCGUGCUACGUCAGAGAUUCCACCCAUAGUUAGUGUUUCAGUACCAAGUAGUUCGUCAGGUGCGGGCACAACCGCAGUGGAUGAACCUUUUGAGAGUGCACUAGGUCUUGGUGAACUGGCAAGUCUUACUGUGUCCAAUGAAGCUGAAGCACUCUCUUAUGAAGUAAGUGUCAAUGUUAUUUGUAUCCCACUAAAACUGUAUCACAAUAAUUUAUUUGAAACAGUUCUCCAAGCAGUGACGAUUUUUGUUACUAUGGCAAGUAAAAAUAACAUUUGGUGACUAAACUUGCAGCAAAAGUCACCAUUUGGUCAUGUGCCAAACCAUAGUUCUCUUACUUCUUGUAAUUUCUAAAGCUAAACUGAGGUAAACAUUUGCAUUCAAUAUUAUUUAUGCUCCAUUUUCUUCUCUUUUACCAAGGUUUUCAAGGUUAAGCCUUGAGAUGCCAUUGUGCUCUUCCAAUUCUGUUGCAAUAGUUGGGUAGCCAUUUUGAUUAUUUCAAACCCCUCAUGAAGUGUUGCACAAGGUGUCCUUUUCCCUCUGGCUGCCAAAAUUUUGCAUCUGGCAACCUUUCUAUACUUUUAGGUCACCUAAAGGCUGCUUUGAAGAAAGUUGAUCUUUGAGUACUGAGACACUGUUUUGGUAUUCAUCAGGGAGCUUUAGCAACAACUAUGGCGAUGGCAACAACCCUGGCAAAAAAGCAGUAGAUUUGAUAAGCAAAACAACAACUCAAAUUGAACAAGAUGGAAUAAGAAAGAAGUUAGAAGCAACACAAAUUCACUUUUUGUUUGAGGUUUUGCUGCCGUUACCAUUGUAAAUGGUAAAACUCCAUAUUACUUGCACAGUACUCAUACCCACAAUAAGGCUGUACCAUCAGUUACCCAGUUUUAUUAUAUGGAGGAGAGUGUUUUACUGGGAACUAAACCACUCGUAGAUUCCAUACGCCACUUCAUCCGGGACCCGAGUGGCGUAUUUUCCGUAGGUCACCUUUGCGAGUGUCGUAUCGUUCAAUGACGUCACGAUUCCCGCCUUUUGCUUUUGUUGAAUUGGUUUCUCCAUAUAAUAAAAAGAACAUUACAGGUUGGCUCGAAGAUAUGAAUUUUAUGUUCGAGUGGCAAGAACAAUAUCUCACUCGUUCGCUUCGCUCACUCGUGAGAUAUUGUUCUUGCCACUCGAACAUAAAAUUCAUAUCUUCUCACCACCGUGUAAUAUCCUCUAUAUAUGUACAGCUGUAGUCACAGGCAUGAUGUAUACUCUGUACAGUUAAUGAUGCUAUGGAAUCAAAGAUAUUAGCAGCUAGUAGUUUAACAGGGUGUUCAUUAGGCAUUCAGGAUCGGAUAAUUCUCUGUUUACUGCAUGGAAUUCCCCGGCUAACAUUUGAUAGCCUCUGACUACUUUUGUGGAGCCUCUUUCAAAAGUUACAGCUUUCUCCUGCUACUGGAAUUCUUGAGGAAAACCCUGGUUUAAUAAGAAAAAAUCAGGAGACACCAUAAUUGGUUGAUUAGGUUGGAGGGCUUGAAAUCUGUCCCAGAGCACCCAGUUCCAAUCUCAUCAUCACUAGCUAGAAUUGUUCUUACUGGCUCCAAGUUCCACUCCUUAGACACAUGUUAUAAUAUAUUUGUAUCAAAGCUACAAAUAGAAUUUUUAUCAGAAAGUAUACAAUGUAAGUUCAGUGAGAGUUAUUGAGGUGCAGUGGUCAUGAUGUACAUUUAAUAUUAAACAUUGUUUUUCUUUAGGUGAGUGCUAAGGAAGAAUUUAGAAAGACAUGGAGCCCAAAGUACACAUUAAGAAGGUACCCAGAAAUGAAAAGGUUUCCUGUAAAUAUAUUUUUUGUUAACUUCAAAACAGAGCUGCACAUACAGAUUUAAUCAUUCAGAGGAAGACGUGUGUCUUGAUUGCUCAGUUGUAUCAAGCCUGGUUCUUGUUAGCCACCUGCUUACAUUGGGUACCGGUGACGUAGCUGUUGGUCCUGCCUCAGAUACUGUCAUAAGAGCCAUUACAAGUUGAUACUGCUGGCAUGCCUGCAAGGUUGUUUAAUGGCUGGUAUGGCAACUUGAGGUCUUAUAUCGGAAUAGUAUCCUUGGCAAUAUGGGCAGUUAUGGAGGUAUUUUGGGUGUACCUUCAUGAGACUGCAAACCAGGCCUUACUCAGACAAAAUUAAUAGAAGUAGUGCUGGAAGUGGUGAUGGACUCAAGUCAUAAUCUUUGGACAAGUUUUUCUUCUUCGUGCUCAUGAGCAAAAUAAAUAGCAUCAAUGUUUACAUUUCCUGUAGCUGUGGAUUGUUAUAGGACCCUUGUGGGACUGUUAUUAUUUUCUUCAUCCUUAUUUAUAUAUUUAUUAUUUUGAUUGUAUAUUUGAAUUUAUUUUGCAGUCACUUUGACAGUAUAAGGUCUCUUUAUUUUCACCCGACUGAAGCUGCUCUCAUAACGGCUUCAGAAGAUCACUCACUAAAAUUAUGGAAUCUUCAAAAGACUGUACCACAGAAAAAGUGAGAUUUUUAAAUUCUAUUAAUUUUUAUUUCAAAUAGUUAUUUAUUAGCCUGUGCCACAGACAAAACAGCUGCGAAACAGCGCCAAAAAUGAUCCUUGUUUGGUUCCGGGCUUCCACCUGUACACCAAGAUUUGAGUACGUUCCAUGAUUGGCCUGUUAAAAAUCCAUCGUUGAUUUACUAAUGAGGAUAAAAGGAAAUUCGAAACACACUCCCGGUGACUCCUUCAGCUGGUUUGGGGCCGAGAACAAGGAUCUCGCCGCUGCUUCGCAGACGUUACUAACCGAGGUCAGAUUACGUUUGCAACGCAGGCUAUUAUUUAUAUCAGUAAACUUAAACUCUGUUUUUUAAGAAAAAAAAAAACUGCUGGUAAACCUCAAGUGGUAGCAGUAGUCAUUAACUGGUUUCAAUUAAUAUUCUCUAAGUGACAUCAAUGUAAUUCAGUUACAUGUGGCAGAAAUUUCCCUGCAAAACACUGGUAUAGAGUGCGUUAUAAAACUAAAAAAUGCUUAUUGUACUCUUGGUUGACAACGUAGAAUAAAUGCACAUUACCUUUCUAUUGAUUCAUAGAAUUUCUUAAACUUCACAUCAAACUUCUUAACUCAAACUAUUAAUUUUUCUCUUGGGAGUCAUGGUGAUACAGUCGACUCUCUCUUAACGCACACCUCAGUAAAACGGACACCACGAGUUGUUCCUUUUCUUUCUUGCUCUCUUUAUUUUGCAGUCUUCAACAUGUGCAAAGCAGGCAUCACUCUAAGAUAGACACUUAGUGCCGGUCCCAAAUCUGUCUGCCUUGAGAGAGUUGACUGUAGUAGCAGCCAGAACAGUAAUACAAUCAACUCUCACCUUGCGGACACCCUGCUAUAACGGACAUCCCAAUAAAUCAGACAGCAGCUAAAUCCCAGGCAAAAAUAUUUUGCAGACGUUUGACUGAAAUGAACUCCCGCUAUUGCGGACUCUCGCUAAUGAGGACACUAACUCAAGGUCCCUACAGGGUCCAGUAUACAAAAAGUUGACUGUACCAGAAUGCUAAUAAUGAUGAGAAUAAAAAGUACACUGCUCCUCUGCUACUCUGUAUGGUUCAGGGCUGGGUUGUUCAAAGCAGGGUUAAGUAAACCCAGUGUUAGUGCGAAAUUUGAUUUCAUAUAUGAAAGCUUGGGAAGCAAAUUCAGUUGUAUUCUUUUUGCCUACAAUUGAUGAUUGGAUGCUCUAAAAAGAAGAGAGAAAAUUAUCCGGGAAAAUGCUUUUGAACAAAAGAAAGAGAAACCUGGGUAAAAAACUAACCCAGGGUUAGCGCUAAUGGGCCUUCGAACAACUGGGCCCUUAAUGAUGUCAGCUGUGGAAAUCCUUUGCCCUAUGUAUGCAUGUCACAGAAUACAUACAUGUAGUGAUGUUUCUCUGUCUUUUCAAAUUUACAGGAGCAAUAUUUUAGAUGUUGAACCAAUCUACACUUUCAGAGGACAUAGGUAACUUCAAGAAAAAUCACUUAUUGACUUCAUCGUAUUCUUCCUUAGGGAGCUUAAGUAACCACAAGGGUAGUGGCAAUUGGAAUGUCAAAAAGCAUUGUUUGUUUAAUAAUUAUGCAAAAUAACUUUUCACAAUGAUACGAAUGUUUAAUUUGUAAUGAAACAGUUUUUGGAGGACUUAAACAUUAUUUCGCCACAAAUGUUUCUCGAAAAAUGUAGUCCAAGAGGAAUUUCCCCAUACUUUACAAACUGAGGAAGUUAGAAGGUUAAAAGAAAAUAAAUGCAUGCUUAUAAGUGACGCUUUUGUUGCUGUUACCGUUACGGUUAGGCUCGCUAUAACGACCGCUUGUUUUAUGUGCCUUCACGAAAACUGUGUGGGUUGUGGCAGUGGGGGAGUGAAAAGAAAAAAAAAACAUCCCUACCUAUCAACUGAAGUGAUUGGCCAUUGUUAGCCAUUUAGGUAUUUUAAGUCGUGAGUGAUUUCUACUUUACAGCCAUCAGAAGAGACACCUCUGCUUCAUUUUAUUAAUCAUGAAAGAAUUUUCAGGGAGACUGGGUGCUAGUAGCACACGAUUUCCGGGACUGAGUAUCAGCUUUAGUAACGAUUACCCUGUAUCAGGCGCUCGGAUAGUACCUGGACGUUGGGAAAACCCGCGGGUUUUUCACGUCAGUUGACAUAACUAUGUUGGAGCCUGGAAAAGGGUGGAAGGGGGCAAACCCAGAAAUCUCAUCACCAGGUGUUGCGUAGCUUACUGCAGGGAUGAAUUGGUGAAACCAUGGGAAGGUGAAAUACAAGAAUAAAAUUUCCAAAGUGUAAACUAUGAUUUAAAAAGCGUGUAGUAAGGUUUUUUGGGGGGCUGGACCAAUACUCAGGUCUUUGACUUUGCCCUGCAAACUGCUAGAACUUCGCGUGGCUCGAAUGACAUCGUAGAGUGGCGGUCCCGUCUCCAGUGAAGUCCUCAAUCAGUACUUUAACACAAAAUACAUUGACACUCUUUUUUUUCCUUUUCCCAGUGCACCUGUUCUAUCUGUUGUAAUAAAUUCCACAAGUGAGAUGUGUUUCAGCGGGAGCGCUGACUCAACAAUUAUCUGUUGGGGUAUCCCCUCUCUUGAUAUCGAUCCUUAUGGACCUUACCGUAAGUUUUCAAAGUACAGUAUUUAUUUGAUUAUUUAUGUCACUUAUUAUUUCUUUCCUUUCUUGUUUUGGCAUUUUGCUAAAAAGGUGGUGGAGCACUUAAUGGAGGGGAGGGGGGGGGGAGGUGACUAACGUCAUGUUUUUCCUUUGACAAACUGAAAUAAUGAGUUUGUAAAGCAUAUGGCUGGCACGUAGAGAAAGAAAGAAGUGGAUCUGAUAUACUGUAGAAGAAACUAUUCUGCUGUAAUGCUUCUCGUGUACUCAACGUUUGGAAAAAUGUGAACGAAAAAUCAGACGAUUUCCUUGCAAUAUCCACGAUAUCCUUACUAUGUAUUAAUUCAGUCAGAGAUUUUAAUUUGGUGUGUCCCACAAUUUUAGGGUCAAAUGUAUUCAAAAUAUUGAGGGGAGAUCGGGAGCGCUUAUUUUAUUGGGCACAUUUCCUAGUUUGGCCAAUGGGUGGAGGAUUAAUGGGUGAAACAUGCGUGUCUUGUUUGUUUAAAGGAAGCGGAAGUGUAUAUUUAAUUGACAAUAAAAAUGUGGAAUUUAUUUAUUUCCAGAUUCUGAAAAUAUGAGUGCCAUCCUUGUUGCACACACCGAUGCAGUAUGGGACCUAGCAGUGCAGACUGGUUCGCUGCAGUUACUCUCUGCUUCAGCAGAUGGAACCUGCAAGCUUUGGAGUCCCACGCUAAAAUCACCUUUAUUAAACAGCUAUGUCCCUGGACAAGGUAAGUGGUGUCUCUAUUGGUCAGCUCUCACUUCGUUUCAAUUAUCUCGCCGUAAGAUUUCAUGACUAUCUAAAAUGUUACCGUCAGAUUACAUGGUAACCACGUGAUAUGGUACUUUUUCUUAUUCCAAAAAGACUUGUCGAUCAAACCAUAAUAAAGAACUAGUCUAUCUCUUUCAUACUUAGCUGUAGGAAUGGUAAUUGCUUUGAAUUGGUUGUGCACAUCAAAGCAUUUUGUCUUGUCCCCCAAGUGUCUAGUCGCAAAUUAUGCAACGUAUUGAACAGUACCAUGGGAAGGUUUUUUUCGCGUUAGUUUAUGUUUGGGUGAUCAAACUACUAAGUUUAAAAGUUUCUACUGCCUAGUACAACAUAAUAAACAGUAUCGGAAAUUCGAUAAAUUCGUAUCGGGAUUUCGUCCACCGACUGAAAAGUUAGAACCACCUUGUACAGUAGGAGGGUAACUGUCUUUUGAAUGGUUUAACCAGUGAUUCCAUGUUUUUCACUCCUCAAUAGCUGAUGGCGUUCCCACAUCAAUCGACUUUAUUCGCACUGAGACAUCUCAGAUGGUUGCUGCGUACUCAUCUGCUCAGUGUAUUAUUUAUGAUCUGGAAACUGCUGCUCCCGUAGUAUCAUUCGACAGCGCAAAAACAUACAGUAAGUUGAUAGUGUGCUUUAGUUUCACUACAAGCUUAUGGUUAGUUCAACAUAGUCCAAUGUUGGAAGGGCUAGGAAACUAUCUAGCGUGAGAUAGGAUGGCCUGCGAGCAAGGUCUCCUGUUUGGCCGUUCGAAGCGAGCCGCGAGGGGCCGCGGAAAGGCCCCCCGCUUUCGCGUGCCUCUCGCGCGUCUACUUUUCACGAUAGGAGAUGUCUGCACGCAGGCAAAUAAUCACUACAGCAGAGGUAAUCGACAAACAGCACCUGACGACGACCAGCAGAAAACAGUCAAAACGUUGCGUUCAACGAUUAAAAAAAGUUUUAAGCGACUAUCGUGAGACAAACGAUAAACGGAGCUCAUCAUUCGCAAAUAGUUUUGAUAAUGUUCGUGCAAAAAUCACCUAAAAAUCCUCAUGGUUAUUGUUACAUUACCUGAUGAAGUUUGUUUAUAUCUUCAUAACUCUACAGGAGUACCCAUUGUCCAGUUCUGGCCCCUCUCUCUCUCUGUCACGCAAUGCUAGGAGGGAGGGACCCUCUCUCACGGCGUUGCGUGACAGAGAGAGAGAGGGGCCAGAACUGGAUUAGAGUGCCCGGUAUUUUGUGAACGGUGGGUAAAGGCACUAAGUAAUGACUCCUGCACAGAACUAAGCUGAAAACAACAAUAUCUUCUCGUGACAUAGCCCCUUUAAGACGUGGGACUGACGUUGUUUUUUGAAGCGGGGCUCGAAAUUGACGCUCGCAAACUCACAAAAUGCGAGUGAUUUGGAUAAUCUGCGAGUGAAAAAAAUAUCCACUAGCAAACGUUUUCGAGUUAGAAUCAUCCAUGUCUCUCAAACAAAAGGAAAGAAUUUGCUAUUGGUCUCACCAGUUUGCUAGUGGAAAAAAAUCUUACUAGCAAAACUUUGCAAGUGCACUAAAAAGUUAACUUCGAGCCCUGUGAAGUGCACUGCGAUGUAAAGGAAUAAUGGGCAGGAGUAGCUCCUCAGCACGCUCUGGAUGGUUCAUUAGGGUGCUUAAGCAGCAACGCUUUUGAGCGACGCACGUCAACCGGAAGUGAGCUUUUUUCUCUCCUAAUAUGCCUUGACACGGCCAAAUUUGUAUUGCUAAGUGUCUUUACUCUUAUAGAGAAGAUUUACCCAAGAAUUUGCUCAAAAUUACGGCUCAAGUGUGCAAAAAAUCUACUUCCGGUUGACCUGCGUUGCUCAAAAACGUCGCUGCUUAAGUUCCCUAUUAGAGACCUUUACAUGUAGAUUCGAGGACGAGAACGACUACGAGUACGAGAUUUGACUUGAAGUUUUUUUCGCGUAUUCUCAAAGUAUAAACUUCCCGGAAAGCUUCAUUUUACCAUAUUUCAUUAGAAAAGUUUGCACUGUUAUCGUUAGUGAAGGAGUCUACGCGCUUUCCCGAUCGCAAAAUGAUAAAACUCUAACAUUUGGUAACUUCUCUUCGCCACCACGACAUUCGCGCUAAAACUUGUAGUAGAAUGACGACAGCUACCACAUUUUCCGGCAAAAAAUGACGCUGGUUCUCGCGCGAGCACUACGUAGUAAUGAGAAAAUCUUGUAUUCGUAUUCGUAAUCGUCUUAGAAUCUAAAGCUCUCUCCUUUCUUAUAAAAAGAGCAGGUUCUUAUCCUAAUAUUUGAAACUUAGAACUGCCUCCAGUUAUUUAGUUAACAUUACACUCGUUAGUAAAUAAGCUAUUUUCUAGUUGCCCCAAGCGAGGUUAAGUGCGCAGCUAUUGAUGUGAAAGUGACUUUUUAUUCUCGUACAAAUAAAACAAAUUUUCACAAGAAAGGUUUUGCACUUAGCCUCGUUUUGGAGGUGAGAGCUUUUGGAACUCGGAAAUGGGCUAUUACUAUCACUGCCUUUUUUACUCGCAGAUAAUUCACCGUCAACUCAAAUCAACAAAGUAGUCAGCCACCCCACCCUCCCCCUCACAGUCACUGCACAUGAGGACAGACAUAUACGCUUUUUCGAUAACAAUUCUGGUAAGUAUAAACAAAAUCAUACAAGCUGGUUGGUUCUAUUGUUGAAUUCCGAUGUGUAAUCAAAUGAGAAGUGUAAAAGGAAAGUAAUUCGUGCUUUUUAAAAGUUUUGGCAAAACGCAAGUGAAAUUAUCUCCUACUUUCUUGAGUAUACCAUGUAAUUACCAAUCACUUGUCUGUCAUGGGUGACAAAUUACUCUCAAUGCCUGGCUGUUUGACUUGUUCCAGUAUCGAGAACUAAAAGCAUUGAAAAUAUCAAAGCUUGUAUGUCGGCUAAAAUAGACCCUUUAACUUGUAUGUUCCGUUUAUUCACGUAACCGAACAAAACGUGGGCUGAAUUGGGAAAACAAAUCAUAAAAGCUAAGAAAAGGUCUUUCACCAUUUCUUUUUCUAAUUCUUCGACAGAAAUGUCCCCGGGAAUCCUUGCUGUUUAUAAUUGUGCUCUCUUGAAACUGCCCUGGUAACACAUUUUCCCGCGUUUGACACUGGCUACACGUUUUAUUCAGACAUUGAAAUACCUAUUUUAAAAUGCAUUUCUUCACGACUGAAUUGAAUAUAUAUGACAUCAAUCUCCUCUGCCCCCACAGGUAAACAGGUCCACACCAUGGUAGCUCAUCUGGACGCAGUCACGAGUCUGGCAGUGGAUCCCAAUGGCCUCUACCUCCUCUCAGGAAGUAUGAUAAAUAUAAGAUUUCAUAGUGUUCAACUGAGCAUCUAGGGUAUUUUAUUAUUAGUAUUAUUUCUUCCGGGUCCCUUAAAAAUACAGCGCUGUACUCAUGUGACGGGUGACUAUUUUAGUUAGCUGGAACAACAACAGGUGUGUACAUAAAAAAGGGAAUUUCCAAUUAACUGGCCUCAAGCCAGAAUGGACGCCAUUUUAUUGCUUUAAGUACAUCAUCAUGUAAUGGACCAUGUGAAGUCAUGCAAAAACGCACUACGGUUUAGAGCUUGUACCCAGAUUUCUCAAGUUUUCUGGUCAACAGGUGAUCUCGGAGAGAGAGAUAAAAGAAAGUUAAAUUCUUGGGAAAACCCCUUGGCAGGUAUUUUUUUGCAGUAAGAUGACAUUGAAAUGUCAGGCCAAUUCAAUCAUUUAAUAAGCAAUUAUUGGAUGAUAACCGGAGUAUAGGUCAAGGUCGAGGCAAGUGACGAUCACCAAGACCUUGGUUAUUCCGGAUGUCACAAAAAUCUAAUUGUUUAAUUAGACCUCGUUUUGAAGAAAAUAACGACAAACACACCGUCGCACGGAACGCAGUUUGACACUGCUCUUGGAAAUCGCUCAUUUCGUGCACCUUUCGGUUUGACAGCUGUCUUCUAGCAGAUAACCGACUAAUCGCUGGUUAGUUGGUUGCGGCGAUUUCUAAAGCUAACUGUAGGCUCUUAGCCAAUGAAAAAAAGCAGAUGGCUAGUACAAGGUAUAAUAAUUAACGAUACACUUUUGUUUUUUUAAGGCCAUGAUUGUUCUAUUCGUCUCUGGAAUCUGGACAGCAAAACAUGCGUCCAAGAAAUAACUUCACAUCGGAAGAAAUUUGAUGAAGCCAUAUAUGACGUUGCUUUCCAUCCUAAUCGACCGUACAUUGCUAGCGCUGGCGCCGAUGGGUUGGCUAAGGUCUUUAUUUGA